GCAAUCUCCUCCCUCACUCCCCCCUCUUGCCCUUCCUGAAAAAAAGCGUCUCUUUUCCGCAAAAAGAGCACGCCAUUGCCAUCUCUCUCUCUAGAAAAAAAACCCCUCCAAAAAGGACGUCUCUCUUUCUCUCUCCAUUCCAUGGCACUUGAAUACCAAAAAGCAGAACACGAACCUGCAAUCAUCACUCCCAUCAACCUCAAAAUUCUCCAACAGGAAAUCCAAGAACAACAACAACAAGAAGAGGAAACUGCCUCAUCGCCUCACGUUUCUUCUCGUGUGCUGUUUCUGUUAGGAGAAAUUUCGACGGGCUCUCCCUUCCGAUUCGCCCAAUGGUUGGAGUCAGUGCGUAGACGCAGGGGCCAAUAUCGAUCUUUGGGCUUUCCAAAUCGUAUGCAGAGUCUGGAAACUAUGCCAUUGAGGUUGCCGUCUGCCAGCCAACAGAGUGCAGGAGAUACACUUGCUGAUUCAAUAAAUUCACAGCCUUACGAACCAGCUCCAGAGAUCAGUUUGUGGGAAAGACUCGGUAAAGCUGCUAUGUUGGACAUUGAGUCAAGUGAAUUUUCUUGGUGCAUGCUUUCAUCUCUACACCAUACCGAACAUACUAGCAGCACCGAACAUUCUGAGGAUGAAAUGAAUCGAGCUAUUGAGGUGACUGUAAAUUCUGGAGGAGUUGUUUUCUUCGCCCUGUUCAACAGGCCUGAGAACAAUGACCUCCUGCCACAGGAAGCGGCCGCAGUCAUAAAGAUAUCUUCGACAAGGAUGGCCACACAAUCUGAACGCCUGGGCUAUGAGCUUGCAAAACUGCUAGGAGUUCGAACACCGCAGGCUAGAGUCAUUCAUCAUUCUAGCCCUGAAUGGCAGCAGAUCAAGGAUUCUGUAGAGAAAGCAAGAGAUGUGGCAGUCAUGGAGGGAGACGAAUCCAGUCAAGUGACAUGUUCAGAACUGUUGGAGGCUCUUGAAAUGAGUCGGUGCCUACUUCUGAUGAAUUACGUCCAUGGCUCGCCUCUUCUAGAAAGUCCAAAUGCAUUUGCUUUGCAGGAAGCUGCUGAAAAUACAGCUGCAGCCCUUGGCCGGAUCUUGAUGUUGGACCUUGUUCUUAGGAAUGAAGAUAGACUCCCGUGUCGUCAGCUUGGAUGGCGUGGCAAUUCUGCAAAUCUACUGUUUGCAGACAAAGCGUCCAUUGUAGACAUGGAUGCAUUGGAAGAAGCCUUUGAUUCUGCAUUGAGAAGACACAGACCGAGUGUAAUUAGAGCUCUUCAAAAAGAUAGAAGAUCCAUCUCGAUAGACAGCCGAUUAAGUCCCUCUAACCCCGAACUGGUAUCUCAGAGCUUAGAUGCAUCUGAUAUGAUGGAUACCCCAAAAUCCACGAAUACAGCCACAAAGAAUCAAGUCUCUCACGAAUCCAAAUCUUCUGAUUUUCACAUUGUGGCUAUUGACUCUGGUGUUCCACGCCGACCUCCCGCAGGCAAACGUGCAAAUGAUCAUGCCCAUUAUCCAAAGCUAGUCGAGCUCCUCCUCAACAGUGCUGAUUACUCGUCAAACGUGCUAUAUGAAAUUACAGGAGGAAAGAUUGGGUCUCCUGAAGAGUCUGCUACAGAGACUGGGCCAAGUCAUGACACAACUGUGAUUGUUCAUGAGUUCCGGGCUGGAUUUCGUGCGGCUCUGAGGGACCUUCAGGGUUUCCAUAUAUUCCUUCUAACGCUUUACCAGAAGCUCGAUAGCCUCUUACGGGCGUUUCUGUUGAUAAUCAAUAAAAGUUCCCCGGGGGAUAUUGAUAGGGAGGAUACUGGGGUUUCGGAAUCACCAUCACUAGCAGCAGGAUUUUGGCUGAACUGCCCCUCCCCUGGAAGUAAGGAACGGGCUAUUGGGGAAGCUCCAGCGGAUUUAAGUGACUCUGAGUUGCCGAAAAUGACUUCCAAGUCAUCUUCUUCAGGAUCAAGAGAAAGCUCAGAUUCAGCUUCUCCUGCCCUACGUGAUAAUUGGCAUGGAAGGUUCUCUAGGGGAGUUGGGGAGCCUCUUCGUAGUCUACGCCUAACAAUGAAGCUCCGUGACUUCAACAAAUAUGCCAAGGUGGAUGCGGAGUUAAGUAGAGAGUUGGAACAGUGGAAUGAGAUGCUUAGAACCGAAGCAGUUAAACUCUGCCAGGAAAACAAUUUCAAUUCAGGUUUUUUCGAAGGGAGUGACAACAACAGUGUCAUUGAUGCCUAUGAGUUGAAGGUGAGACUUGAACACAUUCUUGAGAGGAUAGCCUUGAUCUCCGAUGCUGCAAACACGGAGCGGCCAUCUAUGAUUACAGGUAACAUGUUUAUUGGUGGAGCUCUGGCUGCAAGAUCUGUGUAUACACUCCAGCACUUGGGCAUUACGCAUAUACUGUGCCUUUGCUCGAAUGAAAUUGGACAGUCUGACUCUCAGUAUCCCGACCUUUUUCAGUACAAGAAUUUCUCUAUAAGUGACAAUGAAGAUGAGAAAAUCAGCAAUCUGUUUGAAGAGGCUUCUGAUUUCAUCGAACAUGUAGAGUCCUUGGGAAGAAAAGUUCUAGUCCAUUGUUUUGAAGGGAGAAGUAGAAGCGCCACAGUUGUUCUCGCUUACUUGAUGUUACGAAAGAACUUUACUUUAUUAGCAGCAUGGAAUGCACUGAAAAGGGUGCACCGCCGAGCGCAGCCCAAUGAUGGGUUUGCCAAGGCCCUUUUGGACCUCGAUAGGAAACUGCAUGGGAAUGCUUCGAUGGAGUGGCAGCACAGGAGACCGAUGAUGAAAGUGUGCCCGAUUUGUGGGAAGAAUGCGGGCCUGAGCAGUAGCUCUCUCAAGCUUCAUUUACAGAAGUCGCACAGGAAGUUAUCGUCGGGAAGUGUGGACAGCGCAAUGACCAUGGAAAUACAGAAGGCUUUGGUUGCACUAAAGAUUAGCCGGGGUGGGAGUGUCAGUCCGAACCAAAAGCAGCCUCAGUCGAAGGUUGAUGGAUUUUCUCCAUAAGUUUCUUCUUCUUUUGUGUCUAGUGGUGUAAAUUAAUUUUGGUGUGGACAGAUCAUCCACGAAAAAGAGUCGGUAUUUAGCAACCACCAAACCCAGAAGCAGUCUCAAUGGAUGGUGUUGAUGGGUUUGCUUGAUAGGAUCUGUUGUUGAGUGGUGUAAAUUAAUAUUGGUGGGGAAGGAUAAUCUGUGAAAGAAAUGUAGAUCCUUGUUUCAUACUGAGCUUAGUGAUCAAUAUAAUCAUGAAAUGUUUGAGGUUUUCAGGGUGA